ACUUUACAAGUGGAUCUUACCCACCCCUGAUUAUCAUUGUGCUCAGUGCUAUUACAAAAAACAUACAAAAACAAGCAAAUAUUUUUUGUAUUUUGUUGUGAUUAUUAAUUAAGUGACAAUAAUAUAAUAAUAUGGGAACCAGUACUGAAUUUGGUCCUGAUUCCGGAGGAAGAAUAAAGGGUCUAACUAUUAUAAAACCAAUAAUUUAUGGAAAUAUUGCUCGUUAUUUUGGCAAAAAACGUGAAGAAGAUGGUCAUACACAUCAAUGGACUGUUUAUGUAAAACCAUACAAUAAUGAAGAUAUGUCGACAUAUGUAAAGAAAGUACAUUUUAAAUUACAUGAAAGUUAUAAUAAUCCAAAUCGAAUUGUCACAAAGCCACCAUAUGAAUUAACAGAAACAGGUUGGGGUGAAUUUGAAAUUGUUAUUAAAAUCUACUUUCACGAUGCAAAUGAACGUCCAGUGACAAUAUAUCAUAUUUUAAAAUUAUUUCAAUCAACACCUGAAAUUCAAUUGGGAAAAAAGAGUUUAGUUUCGGAAUUUUAUGAAGAAAUAAUAUUUCAAGAUCCAACAGCACUUAUGCAACAAUUAUUAAGUUCAACAAAACCAUUAACUUUAGGUGCUUGGCGUCAUGAAACCGAUUUUGAAGCUAAAAAAGAAUACACUUUAAAAGCAAUAAUGGAAGCAAGAAAUAAAGUUAGAGGAGAAGUUGGUGAAUUAAAAGAAAAAUUGACACUUGCCAGAGAAACAAUUGCAAAAUUUAAAGAAGAAAUUUCCAAAGUAUCAAAAACAAGUGGAGCUCUUUCGGUCUCUUAAUAUACUUUUUUUUAAAAAAAGUAUUUAUCAUAAAUUGACUAAGUAUUAAACCAUUUUUUUUUUACUUUUAUAUUAAAAGUAAUAAAAAAAAAAUUAUUUUUACAUCUAAAUAGUUUUUAAAUCAAAAUAUUUAAUCAAAAUGUACAUAAACCUGCAACAGUCUUUAUUAUGAUUCACCAUUAGUGAUCUUACAUCCAUAAACAUAUUUUUACAUAAAUAAAAAUAAUUAUUAACUCGAA